AUGACCUAUCAGACCGAGUACAAGACAGUGAUGGAGCAGGUGACCAGGUGCUGCACAGGCUACGUGCAAGUCGGCCAUUACUGUGCCCUGCCUGUAAGCAGGAGUGUUGAGUUCACUGCCAAGCCCGGAUCCUGUCCAUCUGCAGAUGGAUUCUAUCCCAGAUCUGAGGACUGUGAGUGGGACAUGGACUGCCCAGGCUGGCAGAAAUGCUGCCAGAGAUCGGGUCACUCUCUCUGCAGUGAUCCUGCAAGCUCAACAAAUUAUUCGGAGAAUGGAGGAUACCGUUUUAAUGCAACAGUGACAGUGAAGACAGAUUACGACGAACUGAUGUCCAAUGAUAGAGGACAUCUGGAUCACACACGAUUGCUACAAGCAAUGGUGACUGGAGCUCUGCAGUCUGAUGUUUCAGUGUAUUACCUCAGCUCACAGCCUGUGCAUCCCUACAGAACUGCCACUUCACUACUGAUUGACUGCAACGUUACUCUUUCACUGUACAAUGUCACGUCAAAGCUGCAUCGUCUCCUCAAACACAUACUGGAGGUGUCAUCUGUAACCGUGGAAGAUGUGGAUGAGUGUGAACAGUCUGCUCUCCGUCAGUGCUCCCCUCAGGCCCACUGUAACAACACAGUGGGCUCCUACCAUUGUGCCUGCCACCAAGGAUAUAUUGAUGUUGACCCCAACAACCCUGGAGCCCAUUGCACAGCUGACGUCAGGAUGGCGACCACCCCAGAGCCCCUGCUUACCUACCUUCCACCCAUGAACACAAGCUACACCACAGCUUUCAACAGCACACAGGACCCUGUUGGCAACCACACCAUGGGUGUCUUCAACUCCACUGAGACCAGCGUGACUACAGCUCUGAGUAAUACCAGCCCCGUCCCUUAUAAUUCAUCAGAUGCUCCGCAGUGGACCGGUGCUGCACCGCAUAGCAGCAUGAGCACAACUGUAGAGUCACCUCUGCCGACAACCACAUGCUCUCCUCCCAGCAUCACCAGCGGAUGGUCGGCUAACGUGACUGGAACCUCCUUCUGUGUCUACUGGUCCGGCCAGUUUCAGACACACCAGACUUACCAGGUUGUUCUAAGCAAGAGGUCAGAGGUCAUUCAUUCUUGGGAAACCAAUCAGACCAUGAUGGAGCUGAGGGGACUGCAGCCGGGGGUGCUCUACAAUGUUACAGUCACUCCUCAGUCCUGCGAAAGCCAAGGAGUCGCCCUUCGUAUAACGGUCAAGACUGAUGCUCAGACUCUUGAUGCCACAGCGCGACUUACCAACAUCCAGUUCACUGCUGAUCUGCAGAACACCAGCAGCCAGGCCUACGGAAUCCUCACUAAGGGUAUUAAAGAGGAGAUCUACCAGUCUCUGUCUCCAGAGAUGAAGGCCAUGGUGAAUUCAGGCCAGGUGAGAAUCGAGAUCAGAAGUUUUUCCCCGGGAAGUGUGGUGGUCAACUUCACCAUCAUCUUUUCCCCGAGUCAAAGCCAAGACAUCAGUAAUGUGUCGACAGCUCUGCUGAAUUCCCUGAUUAACAGCACCAUAUACGCUGUGGAUGAAAACAACACCAGAACAAAUGAUUUUGAUGAAUGUGCUUCAGGGGAUAAUGACUGUUCCCAGUGGGCAACAUGUUCAAACGUCUGGGGCUCCUACUCAUGUGUUUGCCUGGAGCGAUAUAUAGACAACAACCCAGUAAGGCCUGGACGAGACUGUCAAGAAAUUGCGUCAACCUCUACUGCCCCAACAACCACCACUACUCUUCCUACAACUUAUUCUACUGCCCCAACUCCCACCACUACUGCCCAAACAACCACCGCUAGUCUUUCUGCAACUUUUUCUACAGCCCCAACCCCUACUGCCCCAACAACCACCAAUACUGUCCCUACAACCGCCACUGCUACUUCUACAACGUCUUAUACUGUCCCAACAACCACCAAUACUGCCCCAACAACCACCACUGCUACUUCUACAACUUCUUCUACUGCCCCAACAACCACCACUGCUACUCAUACAGCUUCUUCUACUGCCCCAACAACCACCAAUACUGCCCCAACAACCACCACUGCUACUCAUACAACUUCUUCUACUGCCCCAGCAACCACUGCCCCAACAAACACCACUGCUACUCCUUUAACUUCUUCUACUGCCCCAACAACCACUGCCCCAACAAACACCACUACUACUUCUACACCUUCUUCUACUGCCCCAACUAAUUUUGCCCCAACAACCACCACUAAUGCAAUGAUAUCCAUGACCACUACCCCUACAACCACCGCUACCGUCCCCACUAGCAACAUUACAGCUCCUGCAACUACCAUUACUGACCUGAGAACUGCCACCAAUGCCAUCUCUGUACAGUGCAGGGUUUAUGCCAUCACUGUGACAGUUGCCAGGGAUUUUCUUCUGAGGAACAAAAUCAUGGUAGACACCGUGUACUUGGGGUUGCCGGAAUGUGGCGUCAAUGGAGGCAAUGCUACCCAUGCCCAGCUGACCGUGGCCUGGGAUGAGUGCCUCACUAGGGUUGUGCAAAAUGAAACCUACUUCACAGCAUCUGUAACUCUGUUCAACACCAUGGAAAUGUACACAUGGUCACCCAAUGGGACAGGGGAGGUACCCAGAAUACGGUUGGAGGUUCCCAUCAUAUGUACCUACAUGAAGAACAUGCUUAUUUCUGUUGACUCCGGCUCCAUGGGGUAUGAUAUGAUCAAAGAUGUUAUCACGGGCUUGGGGUCAUUCCAGGUGACAGUGCAGCUGAUGAAUGGUACAAUGCCUCUACCCCACAACUCCAGCGUGUCCUCGGAGGAGGCUGUGGUGUUGGAGGUCAGCAUCAAACCCUCCUCACAGCAGAUUAAAGUAGUCAUCAACAGAUGCUGGGCCACUCCCACCCGAAACCCUGCAGACCCAGACAGCCACACCUUCCUGGCAAACAGCUGUUCCCUGAACACAUACACCAAAGUGCUGACGAACGGGAACUCCAGCACAUCACGCGUGUCCGUACAGAUAUUCCGCAUAGUCAACCUGAAUGUGAUCUAUCUGCACUGCCAGGUCCAGAUCUGUGUGCCGAUUGAAGCGCAUACCUGUGUGCCUGACUGUCUACAAAGAGCAGCUCGCUCUUCAAACAUAAUUGGAGGAGCUUUGGGUUCCUCGGGGCCUCUGGUGAGGUCAGAGGCCUUGGAGGAGCACUAUACCACUCUUAACAUAGUUGGACUCUCCUGCCUGGGAGUUGGCCUGUCGCUCUUCUUCAUCAUUGGUUUCAUCUGCCUUUUCUUCUACCAGAGGAACCGCAUUGGACAUUACAACUUCAGCACCAAACCCAAGAAGGAGAACUUCUCCUACCUUGUCUUUAACACCUAG